AUGACUUGGAGUUUGUUGUCGAUCUCGAUGGGUGUUUGCGGUGGCUUAUCGCUGUGGGGUAGCGAUUUGGAUUCUGUAUCGAUGGGCUGCAUUGUUAUGGCCAUCGGACUUGCUGUUGACUUCUCUGUUCACAUUUGUUAUCGUUAUCAUCGAUCUCAGCAGCAAACAGCGCAUCAGAAGGUAGGGGCCAAAUUGGAACAGUUUGUUCUUUGCUUCUGGUUUUUUAUCAGAUAA